GCGCUCCUACGCACAGUUUAUGCGGUUGUUUCAGCAGUGAGUCUUUGCGCACAGCGGGCGCGCACCGCUCUCACGCUGCUGCGCUUUUUUCCUUCUCUCCGCUGGACGUUUUCUCGAUGUGAAUGAGAAUCGGCACAAACUGGUGAGCAUGGAGCGACAGCGCGCGUCUUUACACUUCCACGGAGUUCUGUGCGCGUUGGUGGCCGCUGCGCUCCUGGAGCCGGGGACCAACGGUAUGCUUCCUCCUUUUGGGAUGCAUCAACUGUGUAAAUUCUGUGAUGUGGAGCCUUCAUCCUGUCAUGGUACAGGAACCUGCAUGACCAACUGCUCCAUCAGCUCCACCUGUUUGGAGAAGGACGAGGUCUGUGUCGCAAUCUGGUGGAAGAAUAGCAGCAGCUUCUAUGUGGAGACUCUGUGCCACGACCCAGCCAGGCUGCUCUACGGGCUUCUGCUGGACGACUACAACAGCUCCACCUGUGUGAUGAAGGAAAAGAACAGCACCCAUGGGACGGUCCACCUGUGCGCCUGCACGGCCGAGGAGUGCAACAACAAGCUCUUCUUCUCCCCCAUUGUGGACCCGACUGAGGAUGGCCUGAUGCUCUCAGUAAUCCUGGUGAGCCUCCUGCCGGUCCUGGUGGUGCUGCUGGCCAUUGCUGGAAUGUUCUAUUGGUACAGAGUCUAUCGGCGUCGCUUGCUCAGCCAAGAAUGGGAGAGCAGCAGUAAGAAGCGCAAACCAAAGCCUGGCGGGCUGGACUGUAGCGACGUGUGCGCCAUCAUGAUUGACGACAACCGGUCCGACAGCAGCUCCACACACGCCAACAACCUGAACCACAACACUGAGCCGCUGCCAAUAGGCCUCGACCUGCUGGUUGGAAAAGGUCGCUUUGCUCAGGUGUACAAGGCCAAGCUGAAACAAAGCACGUCGGAUCAGUUUGAGACUGUGGCUGUGAAGAUCUUCCCCUACGAGGAGUACGCCUCCUGGAAGAAUGAGAAGGACAUCUUCUCCGACACAGACCUCCGGCAUGAGAACGUUCUGCACUUCCUGACUGCUGAGGAGAGGAAGGUGGAGAAACAGUACUGGCUGAUUACAGCGUUCCACCCCAGAGGAAACCUGCAGGAGUAUCUGACCCAUCACGUGAUCAGCUGGGGGGAGCUGCAGCUGCUGGGCAGCUCUCUGGCCCGGGGUGUCGCCCAUCUUCACAGUGACCACCUGCCCUGUGGACGCCCGAAGGUGCCGAUCGUCCACCGUGACCUGAAGAGCUCCAACAUCCUGGUGAAGAAUGACGUGACGUGCUGCCUGUGCGACUUUGGUCUGGCACUCCGGCUGGACAGCUCGCUGUCUGUGGAUGAGCUCGCCAACAGCGGACAGGUGGGCACGGCGCGCUACAUGGCUCCAGAGGUGCUGGAGGCUCGGCUGAACCUGGAGAACAUUGAGUCCUUCAAACAGACAGACAUUUACUCCAUGGCGCUGGUGCUGUGGGAAAUGACGUCCAGGUGUGAAGCCAUCGGAGAGGUGAAGGAUUACGAGCCGGCCUACGGCUCCAAAGUGCGAGAGAACACCUGUAUGGAGAGCAUGAAGGACAAUGUGCUGAGAGACAGAGGACGACCAGAGAUCCCCGACAGCUGGCUCAGACACCCGGGCCUGGCGGUGAUAUGCGCCACCAUCAAAGAAUGCUGGGAUCACGACCCCGAGGCCCGCCUCACCGCCCACUGUGUGGCUGAGCGCCUCUCCGAGCUUGAGGACGAGAUGGACAAACUCUCCAGCUGCAGCUCCUCGGCAGAGAAGAUCCCAGAAGAGCUGAAGAUCUCUACAGAGGUGGAGAUCUUAGCAGAGGAGCUGAAACUGACUGAAAUACAGGACAUCCUGUCUGUGGACUGCUCUGUGAGUGAUGAGAAGUGACGGAACAAACUGAGUGGCUUCACCUUCAUGGACUCAGAGAUAUAUUUUCAGUUGACAGGAUGAUAGACGGCAGCCUUUUGGAGGAAACCACAGAGCUGAGCUCCUGCAGGUCUUUGAGCCACAGUGUCAUAGGAAACCGUAGUCCAGCGAAGACGCUUAUUAGAUUAAAAAGUCAGAAAUGUUUGCCGAUUUAACUUCAAAAGAUACCAAUGCAAUAACUCACUGUGACCAGCAGCAAAGCUAAUGAGCCAAAAAGCCAACUAAUGGACAAUUAACUGGAAAGUUCCAAAGUGAUGGUUGAUCACGGACGCAGUAACCGAAAGUCACCAAGAAGAGGUGUAACGAUGCAACUCGCUCUUCAACUGGAGCACAAGUUAGUGUAAAACCAAAACAUUUAUACUGAACUCCGACAUUUUCAUUUUGUCUGCCAACACUGCCCCCCCCCCCCCCCCAUGGUUCAUAUGGAUAUUACAACAUUGAAUUGUUUGAAACUCACAUCUUCAGCUGCUUACUCCAAUUAAGUGUCACGGGGGAAAAUGUCACACAGAAAGGCCCCAGGUGAGACUCGAUCCCACGACCUUCUUGCUGUGAGGCAACAGUGUGAACCACUAAUCCGCCGUGCUGCCUUGUUAGAAACGCCUUCAUGUAUAAUCAGUAUUCUGCAAUGAAUUACUUUUAUUACUCGUUAAUCCAAUAAUUACAUUUACAACUAGAAGGCAGUCAGAGAGCGCAAACCUCCGCCAUGGCCUCACGUUCCUGAACGCUUAAAACGUCUUCUGGAUCCAAACUAUGAUCCAGAUCAUGUUCAAAAUGAAAUCCCUCAUUUUCUAGAGCAUUAUUCAUCUGCUCAUCAAAUUUAAUCAACAUCCUCUCACAACUCUUGGAGUUAAAUGUUGCUAUGUGCCAAACAUCCUUCUGGAUCUCAGUUCUAGAAUGUAGUCCAGAAUACCUUCAAAUUUUAAUCACUCAUUUCCUGGCACAUUGUCUGUCUGUUCACCAGAUUUCAUUAAAAUCUGUUUAUUAUUGUUUUGUUUGUUUUUGUUUGUUUUGUCUGGGCACCAGAAAACACCUCUCCGUUAGCGGAGUUAAUUAAUUGGCAGUGCAUAUUUUCUUUGAAACAAACAACCUUAUUUUUUAAACCAAGUAGCACUGAGUUUGUGUGUUUAAAGGCAAUAAGCUUAAAUGUAUUUUUAAAAUAAGGCACUACUGGUCAGUUACUCUUUAAUUAGUAAUUGUGGCUCAUCCCACCGUCCAUCUCAGCCCCGCCCUCUGAAAAACAAACAAACAAACAAACAAACAGUUAACAGCAAGCAGAAACUUCAGAAGCUCUCAGAAUUAAUCACAGGUCAUCAGUGCGUCACUCGCUAAAGUCUUGAUGCCGUGAUUCAUUUUUCAGCCUCAAAAUAAAACUUUAGACUUUACACCAAACUUUAUUUGAGUGGCGCAUCAUUACACCUUGAUGGAAAAAAAAAAAAAAAAACUCAACAAAACCAGCAGCAGCUUGAAACCAAAGACUUUUGUUGUGCAUUUUAUUCCUGUGAUGCAGGACUUUGUUUUUUUGAUGUGUCCAUCAUUAAGAGGCAGUAUUUCCACCAGGGGGCAGCAGAGCUGAAUCACCUGAAACUCUUCCCUGUGUGUCGGCAGAAGAUCUUUAUCUCAUUGCUGAUUUUCACACUAGCUUCUCUGAAAUGUUUGCUGCUAUCGACGUUUUCGUUUUAUUUUUGUUGUUGAUUCAUCUAUUUCUUCUUCGUUGAUAGUCUUGUGUGGCAACAUUGCCUCCCGUGGCUGACGUGGGCGUUGCAACGUGCGGCUGUCGCUUUGAUUUUUGAGAGUGGCAUCCCGCCUGCAGUUUAAUACGAAUGUUUGUAUCGGAAUAAGUGCCUUGUUUUUAAAUCACACUUUGAGCUAAAGUGUAGACGGAGCUUUGCCGUAACACUAACGAUGAUGUGAGUUUCGUCAUCACGGCACAAAUUCACCAAUGUGUGCAGAGUUUUUACACACACAGUGUACAUAGAGGAUAACUGUACAAACUGUAAGAAUCAAAUUAGCCCCAAACACAGCGUAUUCUUGGCUACUUAAAUGCAGUAAUUAAGACUUCAUGUAUUUUUUCAAAACAUUUGUGUAUAUUUUCUUUGUAUGUUAACAGUUGUUGAGGUGUUUGUCAAAGGUCUGUACCCAGCAUUGCAUAUGUGUGACAUGUAAAAAAUUGUAAAUCUGUGAUUAAAUAAAAUAUAUUUGUG